AUGUCGGCCCCACCAUUCCCCAACGAAUACAGAUGUAGGCUAGUUGCGGACUCCGACUCAAAGCCAUGUACCAUUUGCUUCAAGCCCACAAGCACGGUCUUACUCGCCUCAAACAAGGCAGAUCACUUUUACGUGUGCCCCAUGCAUAUGAAAGAUAAGAGCUUUGCCUCACCCAUAAUUCUGGAAGACUACACAAAACUCAUGAGCGAAAAAACCCGGCUCGAGAACGAAGUUCGUUUGGCGAACAGUCUCGCCGAUGCGAACAGGCCAUAUUCCUGGACCAAGCUCAUGUCGAACAUCGGUUGGAGCGACCCUGUUCAGCCCCGGAAGGAGAACUCCGAGGACAAGCCCAAGCUCGACGAUGCGGAAUCCAGUCAAGCGAAGAAGCAGAAGCAAGACACGUACGAGGAGUUGGUGUCGCAGGCAAACAGUCUCAAGACGAAGUUGGCCGAUGUCAAUAGCUCCAUCGCAGGUUUUCAAUUCAAGCACUACGCGCUUGCCAAGGACGUUUACAAGAUGCGAGUUAACAGCUCACUACAGGGAAGAAACCGUGUGCAAAAGCAAAGUCCGGGCGAGGCAAGCAAAAGCGUUGUGUUUCCAUCGGUUCCAAAGUCGGACAUUAGUUGA